AGCGGGGCAACUAUGUGUAUUUAUACUGACAUUUGACUUCAGUUGCGGCUAGCGGUAAGUCAUGAAACACCUGUGUGAUCCUUCCAGUCACGCGCAUCCUCAAAAAAUUGAAUAGUCUCGAUGAGCGAGAUGAUCCGCUUGCGAUCAUACGCCGCAUUCUUUGAGAACCCUUUCCCAUUUUGGAUUUUUACCUUGGGCAUUUCACUUUCAGUAUUCGUCGAUAUCAUGAUCACAGCGUUCAUGUGCUACUUCCUUCGCAAAAAUCGCUCGAUGGUUACAAGCACCAUGCGUAUCAUCGACACCCUGACAGUCUGGACGAUUCGCAAUGGAUCGGUGACAAGUGUUGCGGCCGUCGCAGCAUUGAUCUGCUGGUUGACUAUGCCUGAAAACCGCAUAUUCCUAGGUCUUCAUUUCGUUAUAGCAAAGUUAUAUGCAAUCUCCCUUUUAGCCACUCUUAAUGCCAGACAGCAUACGAGAAACGGAAAGCAAAACAAUUUUUCGAGCGGUUAUCCUUUGCCGAUCGUCUUUUCGGAGGACUGGGAGAAUGCACCGGAAGCUUUGCGCUCGCAACACGGAUUUCCAAUGCGGCUUGAUCCUUACAAACCAAGAAAUGAAACUACAGAGCGGGGGCAAACAAUCCAAGUAACCGUUGAACGGGUCGUGGAGUCCAAGUUUGAUGAUGGUUGUACAGGUAGUAGUACUACAGUCUGACAUUACUUAGUUUCAGUUUAGUUUCACACUUGAACUCUACCUAUCAUAGCUAUUUUGCGGCUCUUGGGAAUUCUUGGAAAGUCUAUGGAUCCGAUGGUUCGAACUUUAUGUACUUACUUAGCCUUUUGAAGAAAUUGUUAAACUGAUGCAAAACUGAU